GCGGUAGGAGUGGACACGGCAGAGCCGGGCGGGCGGACUGCCUUCUGCAGGGAUCUCUCUGGUAGGAGGAGGUGAUACCUUCCCCGUCAAAACAACCCCUUUCCUCCCACGAGCCGACAGAGGAGCCGGCUCCCGGAGCAGGAUGUAUUGAUCUGUUGCGGUCGCAGCAGCUUCUCCACGGGGUCCUCCAUGCGUCAGCGCCGAGAAUGGAGCAGGAAUCCGGCGCUGCGGCGUCUGUGGGCAGCUUCCUCUCCCUGAGCGAGCAGGAGCAGAUGUAUUACUCAGGUCUGCACGGGCUGUGUCAGGUGGACGCUUCGGGAAAACUGUCGUCCGGCAAAGUGGCGGAGCUGUUCAAGGCUUCUCAGCUGCCUCCCGAAACCCUGCAUAAAGUGACCGAGGUAUGUGGAGCCAAACAUCUGGGUUACUUUGGUACGCCUCAGUUCUACGUGGCCCUGAAACUGCUCGCAGUGGCCCAGUCCGGUCUGCCCCUCCGCCUGGAGAGCGUAACCACCAAUCUACCUCUGCCCAGAUUUGUGGGGCUGAAGAAUGAGUCUGAGAUGCGAUACCCAGCCGUUCCUGCCAGCGCGGAUGCUCAGGGGGGUCCGUGCGGCUCUGCAGCCGCCUCUGUCUCCUGGACCCCGGCAGACAGGAGCACCUUUAGACACCUGGAGAACAUUGCAGACAAAAAGGAGGCUCCAUCUCCAUGUAGCUCACCGCCUCGCUCUCCGCUGACCUACCGCGGUUAUCCUGUCGCCAAGCACAGAAACGGGGUCGACACGCAGAUCACUUAUGAAAGCAAACAUUCCUUGAGGUCAAUCGUUCAGCCGGAGCAGCACUCUUCACCCAGUCACUAUGGUAACAAACCCAUAGAGCAUUCGGCGUUGGCUCAGGCCCAGGAAAGUGAUCAGCAGGAUGUGGAGGACAGUUCUGACAGCGACCCCUGGAGGAUCACAGAGGAACAGCUGGACUAUUACACAAAUCAAUUCAAAACCCUGCAGCCUGACCUGGAAGCUCUGAUCCUGGGUGGCGUGGCAAAGAACUUUUUCACUAAAUCCAAGCUUCCAAUACCAGAGCUGUCCCACAUCUGGGAGCUGAGUGACGUUGAUCGAGACGGGGCGCUCACUUUCUCUGAGUUCUGCAUAGCCUUCCACUUGAUUGUGGCGCGUAAGAACGGCUACCCUCUCCCAGAGACGCUCCCUCCCAGCCUGCAGCCCGGCUUCCUGCACGAGGAGGACAUCCCCGGCACUCCUGAAAGUGCAGAGCCUUUGAUAGUCUUUGAGGACACAGAGCCCAGGCCCUGUCAGAUGGAUCGCAGCAUCAUGGAGAGUCAUCCGCCAAACUUGCCCACAGUAAAACCAGAUUUAGAAGAUGAUUCCAGUAAACAAGAUGCAGGCGUGAAAGGUUUGCCCACAUCUCAAGAGAAACGGGCUCAACAGCCGUGGGCAUUUCCCCACCGGCCAGAGCCACCUCAGGAGCUGGACCCGCAGAUGAGGACAAAAACUAGACCAAGGUCGUACUCCAGCACUUCUAUCGAAGAUGCCAAGAAAACAGAGGAGCCCCCCACGCCCCCGCCGCGACCACAGAAAACCCACUCCCGGGCCUCGUCUCUGGACCUCAACAAACUCCUCCAGCAGGGAGCGCCAGGGUUGAAAAGUGGCUGGCCGCUGCCUCCGCCAGCCCUCCCUCCUCGACCAUCGGCCUCACAGGCUCCUCAUUUCCCCAGCGUCUCAGAGAAAGCUCCCCAGAGUAAAGUGCAGCAGCCAAACUUCGCUGAUUUCAGCCACUUCAGAGAAGAGGAAGAGAUCAGCAUGAAACCCGGAGCACAGGGUCCACGCUCAAGAUUUGGACCAAGUACCGAAGACUUGAAUACAAAACAGGACAUCUCUGGCACUCCUCACAGUCAGGCGCCACAGAAGCCUAUUCGCAGGAAAUACCACCCAGAGAGUCAGAACCUGGAGACCUUACCUCCACCUGCCAUGCCAUUCCUCCCCUCUGCCAAACCUGGCCAAAAGUUGCUGUCCAAACAGAAGAGGGAGAUCCAGAUGGCGAUCCGGAAGAACAAGGAAACCAACGCAGUACUGACACGCCUCAACAGCGAGCUCCAACAGCAACUUAAGGUGGUUCACCAGGAGAGAGUCACCUUGGAGUGCCAGCUGGAGCUCCUGCGGCCUGUGACCUCCACUUGACCAAGCCCCCGGUGGUUGGUCCGGGUCACGUUGCCAAGCCCCGUCACUGGAACGCCAGCAGUUUCUCUAUUGAAGUCAAAACGUUUGAGCCAGGAUAUAGGAAGUAUUUUUUUCCCCCCUCUUGAAUAGUGUAUAAAGGGCUGAUACUGGAAGCAGAAUUGUAUUGACUCAACAAACAGGGAUGUAACAUUUCCUGCCCUUCAUUCGUUUGUUACUUUUAAGGAUGUUUUGCAUAAUUAAACCAUGUAUUUUUCUAAAUCAUUGUUUAUUAUGCUCAUGUAAAUGAUCAUGUUUUCUAUUGUGACAUGCUAACUUAUUUUUUCUCUUGAUUUCCUGGUAGUUUCUGCAUAUCAAUCUUAAUUUGUUUACAGCACAUGUGAUAGUUUGCACACAAGGCCGUGAGUCCCAUAAGUGUUUGUGUUCUCUGGUAAUCAUGAGAACUAUAAGCCUCUCUAUUUUUAACACACUGUGCAUUUCAUUUGCAUCUACACGCGUUGCAGAGAGCAAGAGAUGGUGCUACAGAUUCCCUUUUCACUAUUCUGCUGUUUGCACUUAUUAAAAUACACAUUUGUACUGUUGGGAUCAACACUGACGAAGACCACGUUAGAUAUGGGAUGAAUUUGGUCUAGCUGCACAUUUAAGUGCACAGAAUGUGUCUGUAGAACAAAAGCGGCGACUCUUGUGGUCGCCGGGCCACCGACGAAUGUUGACACUUUUGACGCAGGAUUUGUAUGAAACAUGUACAUUUUACUUGAAAAGUUGCUCCAUCUUUAAUUUCAACCUUGACUCUCUGGAAACAGCUUUUUUUUUAAUCCCUCCAUUCUUUAUCAUAUUUUCUGAAGACCAUCCAUACUGUCAUGAUAUUUACUUUACAAAACAUGAGUGGUUUCAAAAAAGAAAUGGCACAACAUCCCACAGCUUGUUAAGAUAGAUUGUGAGAUGUUGUGCCACUAAGCUUGCUUCAGACCAUUAAUUACACAUGACUUGUUGGAUUGAAGGGAUGAGAUGGAUGAAAGACAUGAUGGCAUGAAUGAAACUGCAUGUUUGGUCAAAUGUGAGUGCUGGACUGUAAGUUAACCUGAAAUCCUGCACAACUGAGCUCUGGGCUUCAGAUGCACAUGAAACUGGUCAAUAAAGUUGUCUAUUUUUA